CCUUUCCUUCACAACCAGAUGUAACUUAUUUAAGCUUGGUGCUGUGUUUAAAACACUGUCUUAACCAGAUAUGUCACUUUCUACUACAUCGGUUUUAAAUGAUUACAUAGACAAGCUAUAAGACACACUGCACAGAUUUGACAGAAUUUCUGGAGGCAAAAGUUGUCAUAAUGCAGAGUGUCAAGUGUGUGGUUGUUGGAGACAGUGGAGUAGGAAAGACCUACCUACUCUUCACCUACAUCAAAAAGAUCUUUCCUAAGGAGUACAUACCAGGUUUCUACGACACAUACACUACCCAGGUUAAUGUAGACAACCAGACUAUCAGCCUGAACCUUGUAGACACCGCUGGCAGAGAGGAAUAUGACCAUAUACGCCCCCUCUGCUACAAUCAAGCCAAUGUCAUCAUCAUUUGCUUCUCCAUUGCUAGCCCAACAUCCUGUGAGAAUGUCAAGAGCAAAUGGCAUCCAGAGGUUAAACACCAUUGCCCUAAUGUGCCUAGUCUCCUUGUGGGAACUAAGAGUGACCUGCAUGAUGAUCAGGAGAUCCUGGAGAAACGGAGAGAGCAGAAUCAGACCACAGUCACCAAGCAGCAGGGAACAGCAAUGGCAAAGCAAAUUAAGGCUGUUAAAUAUCUUGAGUGUGCUUCAAUCAACCAGCAUGGACUGAAUGAGGUGUUUGAUGAGGCUGUGCGUGCCUUUCUCAGUCAUUCAAUCACCACCAAGAAAUCCAGCUGUGUACUCUUGAUGUCUAAACUUGAACGUUUGAAUGUUCGCGUUGCCAAGCUACUGACUGAAGCGGUGCAGGAGGUUCUGGAGGUGGUGAAGGAGACAGUGUCCGAGUACCAGGAGAAAACUGCCAGAACACAGAGAGAGAACGAGAGUCUGAAGAGGAGGCUGCAGGAGCUCCAGGACACAACAACAAGAGAGAGCACAGAUUUCACAGCUGUUCUAUCUACAGCUAGUCUGUUACCUGAAGAAAAAGAAGUCACACAUAAUCAAGAGCAGGAUUUUGGGCUCGCUUUGAGGCAGGACUCAGACCUCCGUCUCGCAGAGCAAAAACAGAUAAGCAGCCACAAACCUGACCAUGACGUGAAGCAGGAAUCGACACAACAGGAGAGCUACAAUAACACUGAAUCACAAGCUAAGUGCAACUCGGCACAACCAACAGAACAUUGCAAAGCACAACCAGAGGAGGUGACAAACAUUAUUGAGGAGGCAAUGGCAGUCCACACAACACACAGUGCAAACAAGGACAUCAGUUUUGUCUCAUCCACAAAUGUGUGCACCUCUCCCUCCAGCACUAUCAAAAGAGAGUUAGAACUAACCGACUGCGCAACAUCAGAACCACCAUCUCUUCAAGAACAACAUAGUGGAUGUGUGGAUUUAAGCUGCAACUCUUCCCGUCAGAACUCUGCUGAAGAAAGGUCACAAGUUUGUGCUGAACCUUACGGACGUGUCUUUGCACACUCAAAUCAUGCCAUACCUAGGAGGCAUGGCUUUGCAAAAACCAACAGGGCUGCAUUUGACGGGAGAAAAAUCAGGCUUGAGCACUUCAGGAGAGAUGAAUCACACUUGUGCAUUGUAUGUGGAAAGACGUUCAGCAGGGUCGGGAACUUAAGAAUCCACGAGCGCUGUCAUACGGGAGAGAAGCCGUAUGGCUGCAUACAGUGUGGGAGACGUUUUAGUCAGGCAGGAGACCUGAAAAAACACAAGAGGGUCCACACUGGGGAGAAACCGUACUACUGCAACCAGUGUGGAAAGAGCUUUAGUCGGGGGGAGAAUCUGAAAAGACAUCAGAAGAUCCACAUUGGAGAGAUUUUACAGUUACAGCAAGUGUGGAGGGAGCAACAGCAAUGAUUAUUAUACUAGACUUAAUCCAUUAACAUUAAAAACAGCCAUAUUGAUGUAUCUCUCCUUUGCUGUAACAACUAUUGAUUUUGGACUAAACAUUAAUAUCCAGUGAGCAGGUUUAAAUAUUUGAAGGUGACAGUGUGUUAAGGCCCGGACACAGAGCCGACGACCAAACGUCGGCAGAAAAGGCAGUUGGACUGAUCAGUCUCCCCAAAUUGGUCAAAAAAGUGCCUCAGAACACACCAAAGCGACGAGACUUAAUACGUCUCCAUAACAGCAGGCGGCGCUAAUC